CUUUUACUGGCUCCGAAGUCGUGGCCCUCUACCUCGCUCCCACCUCCAUCAGUUCCUCAACUCACAACUCCCCUCAUCCCUCGCUACAGUACGAUCUGCCCCCUCUGCUGGAGGCUCAGGUUUAUCUGGAAUCAAGGUGAAAGCCAUUCAGAAGCCGCGCGCUGUAAGGUGAAGGAGCGGUCCAUCACGACGCCGGGGGGAGAGCGAGCGAUAAGGACUGGGAACGGCGUUUGACUUUUUCCGCGUAAACUCUGAUUUGAGGGGCGAGCGGGAAGCCAUGUCUAUGUUCUCAGCUCUCGGGGUGCUCUUGCUGUGCCAGCUAUUGACAUCAUCUACAGCCCAGAGACCCGGCCCAUCGGGAGCAGUCGGGCCGCCAGGACCCCCGGGACCCGCGGGAAAGGAUGGUACUGACGGCAAAGACGGCCCUCCUGGACUUUCAGGGAAAGCUGGACCCAAGGGGAAAGCAGGGGGAGCAGGAGGACCAGGGAACCCAGGCCUGCCCGGCCUCCCAGGGGUGGACGGAUUGACAGGUGCUGAUGGGCCUGCAGGGAAGGACGGUCCUCCAGGGGAGGUGGGCGAUGCUGGACCUCCCGGGCCAGGUGGACCUCCUGGCAGAGGGAGACCAGGAGCUCCAGGGCCAGCAGGAGCCAAUGGGCUUGCGGGCGGAAUCGGGCCACAGGGACCAGCAGGCCCUGAGGGCCUUGCAGGAUUGCCUGGGCCUCCCGGCCCUGAUGGACCCCCAGGUCUUCCUGGGGCUCUCCCUGAUGGCAGUGGAGAUCUGCUGUGUCCUGCCAUCUGUCCUCCUGGUCCCUCCGGACCCCCAGGAAUGCCUGGAUUCAAGGGUCACACAGGACACAAAGGAGAUAAGGGAGAGCUCGGGAAAGAUGGAGAGAAGGGUGAUGCUGGCCCAUCUGGUCCUCCUGGUAUUCCCGGCACUGUGGGCCUGCAGGGUCCUCGUGGUUUGAGAGGACUUCAGGGCCCGAUGGGGGCAGUAGGAGACAGGGGUUUACCUGGUUUCCGAGGCAAACCUGGUAUUGCUGGUGUCAUCGGCAAGACAGGUGAUGCUGGAGAGAAAGGACCAGAGGGAUUUAGAGGGCCAAAGGGAGAGAUUGGCAAAAUUGGUCCAAAGGGAGUUCCCGGGGGAGCAGGUCCCAAAGGGGAGCCUGGCAUCCCUGGCAGAGAUGGGAAAGAUGGCACCCAGGGACUGGACGGCGAGAAGGGCGACGCCGGACGGAAUGGGGUACCCGGUGAGAAAGGACCCAACGGCCUUCCUGGUUUACAAGGAAAGGCUGGCACAAAGGGAGCCAAAGGAGGAGUUGGCAACCCAGGAGAGAUGGGAGAGGCAGGGCCGUCUGGAGAGCCAGGUAUUCCUGGCGACAUUGGUAUCCCAGGAGAGAGGGGCGAGGCGGGACCCAGAGGUGUGGCUGGGGGCAUCGGACCAGUGGGCAACAUCGGGGUUCAGGGCAGCAAAGGCUUCCAGGGAAUAAAGGGGGCUCUGGGGGACCCUGGUCUUCCCGGACCAACCGGAAUCCGCGGCGGAUUUGGUGAGAGGGGUCCAGUCGGAGCAUCAGGCCCUAAAGGAGACAUGGGCGUGGCAGGAGCUGAUGGUUUGCCCGGGGAAAACGGAGAACCUGGUCCAUUUGGUCCAGUUGGCCAAAAAGGAGAGUCUGGGAAGCGUGGAGAGCUGGGACCCAAGGGCGUGGUGGGACCACAGGGAGAGCUCGGAGCCAGAGGGGUUCCUGGGAAACCAGGCCUCAUGGGCUUUCAGGGUGAACAGGGUCUGCCCGGAAUCGCUGGCAAGAUUGGUGUUCCCGGUAAACUGGCAAGCGAACAGCACAUCAGAGAAUUGUGUGGAUCUAUGAUUGAUGAUCAGAUUGCACAGCUGGCUGCCAACCUCAGAAGACCCCUGUCCCCUGGCCAAGUGGGUCGCCCCGGCGCUGCCGGACCUCCAGGGAAGCCAGGCGAGACCGGGUCUAUCGGUCACCCCGGCUCCCGUGGACCUCCUGGCUACAGAGGACUGCCUGGAGACCUAGGAGACCCCGGUCCCAGAGGUGAUCUUGGUGAACAGGGUGACAAGGGACCCAUCGGAAAAGCCAUCGAAGGGCCCAUUGGAGACCAAGGAUACCAAGGUAUCCCAGGAGUAUUUGGAAUCGUCAAAGACGGGCGUGACGGAUCCCCAGGAGAUCCAGGAGAGCCCGGAGAGGCAGGUAGGACAGGAAGGACAGGGCACUCGGGCUCCCCAGGAAUCUGUGACACUACUGCCUGCCAGGGGGCAAAUGUCCAUGGGAAAACCUCCAAUCCCAAGAACCAUUAAACAUGACUUCCCUCAUCCCGUAAGCAGCCACCCCUGGGAGGAGAAAAGAGGAGGAAGAGGAGGAGGAGAGGAGAGAAAGGAGUCACAUAAUGUCCUCUUUAAUGUAUUUCAAACAAGACGGGAACAGUAACAACAGAUGUGAGAUUUAUUUUGAGGAAGAGAAGAACAUCCCAAGUGUUAAAAGAAGGAAAACAGCAGUUUGGGAAAACAAAGAAACAAACUGAGAGACUAAAAAUCAAGACUCCACCCAUCUAUGAAGUGGACAAAGCUGAGUAAACAUUUCACAAGAGCGCUAGAAAACACCUGCAUUGCUCCAAAUACCAUCAAAAGUGAAUAACAAUUUAAUGAAAAUAAAAAAGACUGAAAAACAACUUUACUGGAAAAGUGCUUAUAGGCCAUUAUUUUUCAAAACCAUUUGUUUGUAAAAAUAUGUACUUACAGUGAGGGAAAAAAGUAUUUGAUCCCCUGCUGAUUUUGUACAUUUGCCAACUGACAAAGACAUGAU